AUGACUACCAUUUGCCCGACACCUAAUUCUCCCCCCGAGCUCUCCGGGUCCAAAUCCUCCAAAUCCUCCUCGUUUCAUUCCUCCUCUCACCCAGACGGUCCGGACAGUAUCUUUACCGACAUCUCGAAUUUCGAAGACAUUGGCUUGGAAGAUGACGCUGAUUUGUCAUAUGCCGAUCAGACAGGAUCGUACGGCCGCGCUGGGGUAAUGGCACGGUCGCCCGCCGCUAGAAUAUCAAGCAAAGUCCCUGCGGCCUCAACUCGCGACUUGACCGCUACUCCGAAACCUCGCAGAAGCCCCCUACCGCCGAUUCAGAGUGGAUCGGUCAAGGCCCCUCAAUUGACAAGCUCACUCGCAGUGAGAACUGGAAACCGGAGAGUUUCGGGCAAUACACUGCAGUCACCCGGUCUGGCACCAUCGCAACCUCGCCGUUCACGAUCUGUCUCACCACUACGGCCGACAUCCAGCCGCUCCACCUCGAGCAGCACCAGCCUAGCUCUGUCUCCGCUAUCCGCACGAGUGCCCAUACAGAAACAAACCUGGCAACCGAAUCGCAAAUCACUUAAGGAUCUGGAGGAAGAAUACCACGACUCGGACGAUGAACUACCGGACGAUGCAAGUCUUUGGAACAUCCCUAUCUCUCCACGCCCAGUUCAAGAUCGGUCUCCAUCACGGCCGGACAGUCCGAAUGGCCGCAGCCCUGGGGGUGGUCGCAGUCCCGGGAGACGACCACUGCCUAUCCAGCAUACCGUAGCGGAAACCAGUAAGCCAGCGUCACCCGAAAACACGGCCAAGGCAUCCCGCAUGAAGCGUAUACAGCGAUCAAGCUCCGCAGGACCGGAGCGUGGACAACUUUCGCCACGCAAUCCUCGCACCUACUCCUACAAUAGUUUUCUAUCUGACCUGUCCGAGGAGGCAAAGAUCAUCACUGAAGCUCUGGAGCUGCAUGCUGAUGAUAGAGAUCGCAAACGGGAGGAGAAUAUUCAAACCGGUGCUCCACGGAAGUCUAGCGAGGACUCCCAUCGCGCAUCCCGUGAUGCUACCCUUUUACCACCCCUGCAGAAAUCAAAUAUCAUGAUCGAUCCGCUGCCAAUUAGCAAGGAGAAAGAAAAGGUUCUGACGCGGACACGCCCAAGCUGGCUUCCACCUAAGGACCAGAAGGAGGAGAAAAGACACCUGAGGCAGUAUCAGCAAAUGAUGGCCCAGUCUCGAGAAAUCGAGAAACGCAAAGCUGCCAAGGAUGCAAAUGCACAGUGUGAAAAGGACAACACCCGAGUAACGCUGCAGAACAUCUGGGAUGAAUAUGUGUACCCGAAUUGGGACCGCGCUCUCCGCGAGCCCCGGAUUCGCGAGCUAUGGUGGCGUGGAAUUCCCCCUCGCAAUCGUGGUAACAUAUGGAAAAAAGCGAUUGGCAACGAACUAGCAUUAACAGAGGAAACCUUUACCAAGGCGCUACGCCGAGCAAAGGAUCUCCAAAGUAAGAAGGAUGCAGAAAGCGAGAACAACAAAAGGCUACUGGAUUGCUUUGAGGCGAUCGAAACCGACGUGCCGAAGGCCUUCCCAGAUCUAAACCUCUUCCAAGAAGGCGGUCCACUACGGGAAACCCUCAUCGACGUCCUACAGGCAUACUGCAUGUACCGCAAUGACGUAGGCUACAUUCACGGCCUGCACACCAUCGCCGGCCUUCUCGUUCUGCAAUUCCCUACUCCUGCUUCCGCCUUCCUCGCAAUGGCCAACGCCCUCAAUCGUCCUUUACCCGUCGCGUUCCUCACUUGGGACCGUGGCGCCAUGGCCCGCUCCUAUACACUGGCCACAGACACCUUGCGUUACAAGUUCCCCCGUCUACACGCUCAUCUGGCCGAAACCCUCCACCUCUCUGAAGCAGAGAUCUGGGAGCCGAUCUUCCGCUCGCUGCUGACCAACGGCCUGGACCUCGAGCGCAUCUCCCGCGUCUGGGACUGCUGGGUCUUCGAGGGUGAUCGUAUCAUGAUCCGAUCCGCCGUUGCCAUUCUGGGCUGUCUCCAGGCCCAGCUAUUCUCCUUCCACCAGAAUGAUGACCAGUCCCGUCUUGCUGUGCGCGACGUGCUAGGCUGGGGUCCCCGCAAUCUCGGAACGAACACCCAGAAACCCAAAGAUCGGCACAGCGCCCCUGCCGCAGCUGGCUUUGGCGGUGGGCAGAUCCAGAACCCCGGUAUUGCUGAUUAUUGGGUUCUUACUGCUGCGGGUAACGAAGAUGGAUUUAUGGAUGCCGUUCGCGAGGCUGGGAAGGUGCGCCAACCAGUUUCAUAG